AUGCUGGGACUAUUGAGAGGUCGGGACACGGAUCAAAAUCGAAAUCGGUGGAGUAAAGAUGAGAUAAGAAGGAGGCGAAGGGACACCGACUAUAAAGGAUGUGGAUGCCUAAGGCAUCUAUGCAACUCUAAUAUACAAGUCAUAGAGAUUUAUUCUAUAUAUCAGGUUAUCGAUACUAAAAAAGUUCCCGGCUUUUUCUCUCGCUAUCCCGCUACUAUAAGUGUUAGUACUACGGAUGUUAAAAGUACUUUAUCGGCGAUUGCUCAAGAGGCUUCCCAGUCUAACUCUCGAGAGAGACGUCGCGCGCUAAUUCGAUACUCUAAUGCCUAUGGAGAUUCAUUUUCGAUAUAUUAUUGCUCUACCGAAGUCGAAAGACUGGUUCUGCUUGCUAGUAUAAUCGAGGUCAUCGUAGUAAGCUGGGAUUAUAUAUUGAGUAAUAAGCCUUCAGAUUUCACUUUAAAGAACAUACGACAAAGCGCACUAGCGACUGUAUUGCGUAAAGCAAUCGACUUAGAUUCAGAGAAGGCGCCUAGAAUAAUCGAAACUCUAUAG